AUGGAAUCGACAUUCAGUGAUAUGACAGAAUCAGCAAUUGCCGAUGAAACACUAAAGGAGAUCGUUCCUGUGCAGCAAGAUGGUGGAGAUUAUAAAUUGGAGGAGACAUGCUUUGACAAAACUCAGUCAAACACUCCAAAAGCGAUUACUCCGGAAAGAUAUGAGGACCCAGUCCGUGUUUUCGUAGAUGCCAAAGCAUCACCAUUGGGUUCUGACGACGCAAGGGUAAACCAAGGUUCAAGCCUUGCCAACGAACUUAGGGAGCUGGGUGGGAAUUUAAGUUGUUCUCAGGAUAUCAAGGUGACGGCAUCAGUGAACGUGUCCGUUCUAGAAGAAGUUGAGACAGACAGCGCUUCCUUCUCUGAGAGUUCGAGAUAUUUUUCCUCUGCCUCUACUGCCGUCAGUGCAUCGGAUAGUCACACCGAUGCAGCGAAAUCUACACCGCCAAUGGACACUACCCAAUAUGGCGAUGUUAACAUGGAUAUCACUGCUUGCUCUGUAGCAGCUGAUGAUACCCUUGCAGUUAUCAAUACUCCCAUUGGAAUGAGAUCUCACCUUACAUCUGCCGCUGAGUAUGAAGCCAGUUUGCCUGCAGAAAACUCAUCGACGCCGACCAUCUUGACCACUUCUGGUGGUGACGGUAGCUUUGAUAUCGUCUGCAACGAGACGUUAUCUGCCUUCGAGAGAGUCAAGACGCUUUCUGUGCCUUCCAAGGAAUCCGAGGUAGCUAUUGCGCCAGAAAUUCCAGAAAACGAUUUCUCUCGAGAGAAAGCAGCUGGUGAAUCGAGUGCCCCGAUAGUGGAUAGACCCAAUGUUGUAUGUAGACGACCUACUAAUCCAUAUGCUACUGCGUCAUUAUCUCCAAUCGCUGACCUAUCCAGAAGCGAAAUCGGCUCUCGUGCUUCUACAGUUCGUCAAGCUGACUUUGGCUUCUCUCCUGUCAACUCUCAGAAUCGAAAAUAUAAUAUGAACGACUCAGAGAUUUCAUUUCUUAUGAAUGAAAAUAGGAUUUACGACAUGGCGCUACGCAAUGCGGUAGAAUCACCUGAAGAGCUUGAACGGUUAAGGAGUAAUAUCACGGAGCUGGAAAAAGCUAAAGCAGAACUGCAUGAGAAGCUUCGUAAUGUUGUUGGCGAAUUCAACGCUUAUAAAACCGAUAACAAUACAAGAAAUUCGGAGGUUGAUGAAAUCAAAAAGAAGUUGGCUGAAGUGACAAAGGCCAAGGAACACGCAGAGCGGACUGUGGCUGAUUAUGAGUUCAUUGUUGAAGAUUUGAAAAAGAGGCAUGCCAAACAGAAGGAAGAUCUCCAUGCUAAAGUAAUCAGCCUCGAAGAAGAUCUCGAAUCAUGCCGUGCACAACUUCGUUCUCAGACCGAAAUGACUUUCACAAGUUCUGGACUUGCUACUGAGUUGAAUUUGGUUAAAGAGCGCUUGCUAAUAUCAGAAGGCGCUCAGGGUGCCUCUGAGAAGCGUUGCGAAGACUUAGUUAAACAGUUGGAAGUCGCAGCGGAUAAGAACAUGGAUCUGUUAAAUCAGAUUGCUGAUGUCAACCAAAAAUCAGAGGCGCUUCAAAAAGAAAUAAACGAGUUACAACACAUUGUUCAAGAGAAAGAGAUGGUAAUUAGAAGAAAUGAGGAGGAAAGGGAAGCUAGCUAUCAGAAAAUGGAAGUUCAAUUGAAGGAAGCGAAAAGUGCAGUGGUAAUGACUUGUUGCACGUUUUUAUAUUCAGAUUAUGGUUACUCAGUUCUAAUUUGAUU